AUGCAAUGUUCUAUUUCGGUGCUGCUUCCUGGUCAUGGAGUUUUUGAGGAUUUGCAUGGUGUUAUUGAAUUUUGCUUGCUGGAAACUUCACUACCUGCGAAGGGGUUCUUGUUUCGGGGUUUUCUGAUCGGGUCACGGUUUAUUGAGUUGAGUGCCUGUUCAACUCAACACGCCAUGACCCGAGCAGGAAAUUGA